GUUGGACCUUGAAAAGCGACUCGGAUGCAAGAACCCACGUAACUCACCGUCGACAUUGCAAUCCUCCCAAAAAGCAGCGAAAGAACCAUGAGUUUGGGGAAGAAACUGACAGCUAUGGUGCCUGCCCGGGUGGUGUUGGCUAUGAUGACCUCGCUCGGUGUGGUGACGAUCUACAUGGUGAGGAUAAACCUUUCCAUGGGCAUCAUCGCUAUGGUGCACACGGUCUCCGCAUCCGACGAGGCAGCACACCAUACCAGGACUGUUCCGUAUUGUCUCAAGUAUCGACAGACGGAUGAAAAGGACACCAACAACACAUCCUUCACAACCACAACUGAAACGUAUGCCAGUUACAACGUCAGCAUCAGCACUACACUCCCAGACACGGCGGAAUAUUCUUAUGAUUAUAAUCUGACUAUGAAAGAGCUGGAAGACAAGAUGUUCCUGACAAGCGGGCAGCGGGGGACGGUUCUCGCUGCCUUUUUCUACGGCUACUUCGUAACUGGACUCCUCGGCGGCAGGUUGGCUGAAUUAUACGGCACCAAACUGGUUCUUGGCGGCAGCGUCUUCCUGGGUAUAUCCUCACUCUUGGCCCUAAUUGCUCUCAGGGCCGCCAUGGGACUGGGUCAGGGUGUUGCGUAUCCCUCGAUGCACGCAAUGAUCGCCCGCUGGGUCCCUCCUCUCGAGAAGCCGAGGUUCACUGCCUUCGUCUUUCUGUCCAGCUGUCUCGGCAUCAUCGUGACUAUGCCUAUGUGUGGCCUCAUUAUCGACUCCCUCGGCUGGCCCUACAUUUUCUACGUGUCGGGGGCCCUGUCCUUGCUCUGGCUCGGGGUCUGGAUGCGGUUCAUGUACGAGACUCCCGCAGACCACCCAAGGAUUUCGAAGGAGGAGAGGGAUUAUAUCCUGGAGGGGAUUAAGGAAGGGACGGCUGGGAAGAAGCCAAGCCGAGUACCGUGGAAGCAGAUGCUGGGCAGCCUCUCCUUCUGGGCCAUCAUUGUCUGUCACGUCGGGAACAUGUUUGGCUGGACGCUCCUGGCCACUCAGCUGCCGACCUUCAUGAACAGUGUGCUCGGGUUCUCCAUUAAGAGUAACGGCGCCCUGUCCUCGCUGCCCUUCCUGGCUCGCUACCUCGGGGGGAACUGCAUCAGCUGGCUCGGGGACUGGAUCCUCACUCGGGGCUGGCUCUCUCUGCUCGCCACGCGCAGGGUCUUCACGCUCAUCGGACUGUGCAUUCCCGCCCUGAUGCUGGCUGUCGUCGGCUACGUGGGUUGCAACAGCACGGCCGCCAUUGCCCUGCUCUGCGUCGGGACCUUCUUCAACGGCGCCCAAGUUCCCGGGUACAUCUCCAACAUGCAGGACAUCGCGCCCAACCUGGCUGGCACUCUGCUUGGAGCUUCCACGACGGUAGCUUAUAUGCUGUCCAUGUUGUCCCCGAUAGUGGUGGGCGUUCUGACUCCAGACCAGAGUCCCGGGCAGUGGCAGUCCGCUUUCUGGGUAGCAACUGCUGUCUACGUCAGCGCCGCCGUCUUCUUCUGCUUCUGCUGUUCGGCGGAGCUUCAGCAGUGGAACUUCGGGGACAGAGAGGACGCCGAAGCAGGAGGUGCUAAGGAGGAGAGCAAAGUCCUCCUGCAGGAGAGGAGAAGGGCGAGUGCCGACCGACGCAGAUGA